AUGAUCCACCGGUCUUACGAACGAGCAGAGUACUGUGGGGCUUUCAUCCGCGGCAUCAUGAACGCUUCUAUCAUUUGUGCCGUCAAGCGAGGCAGUCGGGAGAUGGACAAGACUUUGAUGUCAGCAGUCCACUUCGACUGCAGCGAGCCAAGAGAUAAAAUCUUUGGCCUACUUGGUCUCGUGCCCGAGCCCGAGCAGCGACUUCUCCAACGUCCGGACUACACGCGCCCGGUCGAGCAUGUCUUUACUGGGGCGACCCGUGCUGCUAUUCAUGCUUGCAGGCGCUUAUGGCUGCUCAGUACGGUCACCGUGAUAAGACCGGAUGCACAGGCUACAGGCAUGUACGAUCUUCCAUCAUGGGUCCCCCAGUUCGCAGCUGAGUGGCACAAAGGCCCCAAGGGCAUUGGGAACUUCUCGCAUCGCGGUUGCGACGAUAUGCAACCACUACAGAUCGAUGAAAGAACGGCUCAUAACAUACUCCGUGUGCAGGGUGUGCAUGUCGGGACAGUAGCUUACAUGAAUGCACCUCUGGAGGCAGAGAUAUUCUCAGGUAUUGUCCUGCUUGCUGGAUACUUCCACCAAAUACUACUUCAUAUCGUUGAGAGAAACGCUCUGCCAUCCUCUUCAGACAAGAGUUUUUCAAUACUAUACAAAGCUCUGGCUCAGUGGGACGACUACCAUCAUCUCCUGGAACGAGACAUGUACUCUGCGUUCCUAGCCUUCCUGUACGAGUGCCAGCAGAACCUGCCGGAUUGGCAUAGCUCUCGGGUCCCAAUCAUACCGCAUGAAGCAAAGAAUCAGAGCUCUUCGGCGUUCUUUCAGGACCAUUUGAAGAUCAACGCUGUGAAAAGAACAUUCUUCGUAACGUGCGACGGUCAGGCUGGGCAAGCUACGUCACGGGUCCAGGCGGGCGACCAGGUGUGCAUUCUUUUCGGUAGUGAGCUGCCGUUCGUUCUGCAAAAAGUGGCUGGUCAUUUCGUGUUGAUCGGCACUGCACGCCUUACUGAAGUGAUGGAUGGACAAUACAUAGCACAGUUGGAGCAAAAUGGUGGACUGCCGGCAGCGACGCAGUGGUUUGAGAUUCACUAG